CGCAGCACCGAGGCUGAUUGGGCGACCGACACUCUCGUUCUCAAAACGGAGUAUGGACAGACGUAUCGCGCACCUUUCAUAGGUACCACUACGACACCACGCUCCGAUCCUCCUCCCCCGGAGCCUUCUGUGCCCACACCAUCUCCUUCUAUCACUGUCACCUCGCCUCAGUAGUUCGCUCACUUCAUCCGACAGGACGACGUCACCUUCUUUAUGGUGAACGUGACGGAUCUCUUACACUAUGAUCCACUCUGUCCCGGCGCCGAGCUCAUCCCUCUGGAGCCAGAUCCUCCUUCUAUCUCCAUGGCUCCCAUCUCUACUUUUGUCCCUCUGUCGUUCGUCGAGUCCACCCCGUCGUCGCGCACCGACGCUGACGCUGAGGAACUCACACGAUAUACCGCUGACCUAGAGCCCGCAAUUCGUGACCUCAUUCGAGAGUACCACGACGUUUUCCCAUCGUCGUUCUCGUACGCUGGCAUUCCACUGAUGCGCGACGUCGAGCACUCCAUCCAGCUUGUGUCUGACUAUCGUGUUCACCACCAGGCACCCUAUAGACUCUGGAUCCCCGAGGCCACUGAACUCGAGCGUCAGCUUGAGGAGCUCCUGAGCCUGGGUUUCAUUAAACCCAGCAACUCCGCGUGGGGUGCACCCAUCCUCUUUGCUCGCAAAGCGGAUGGAACUCUCCGUCUCUGCAUUGACUAUCGCGGUCUCAACCGCUAUACGGUUAAGAACAGCUACCCCAUGCCUCGUUCCGAUGAGCUGUUCGACCGCCUAGCAUGCAACCGCUUCUUUACGAAGAUUGAUCUUCGUAGCGGUUACCAUCAGAUCCGAGUCGCUGCAGCGGACCAGCCGAAGACAGCGUUCCGAUCGCGCUUCGGCCACUACGAGUUUAUGGUGACGCCCUUCGGCCUCACCAACGCACCCGCUACCUUCCAGAGGGCGAUGAACGACAUCUUCAGGGACAUCCUGGAGCAGUACGUUCUCGUAUACCUCGAUGAUAUCCUGGUCUACAGUCGUACCCUUGAGGAGCAUCUCAGACACCUCCGCGACGUCCUUGACCGCUUGCGCAGACAUGGCUUCUACGCCAAACUGAGCAAGUGCCGCUUUGCCCAGCACAAAGUGGAUUUCUUAGGACAUUACCUCCGUGAUUGUCUGAUGGCCUUCUACUCUCGUCGGCUCCUGCCCGCUGAGAUAAACUACACCGCUGAUGAACAUGAGUUUCUCGCAGUAGUUUAUGCCGCUUGGCACUGGCGUCACUACCUGCACGAGGCACCAUUCACGGUGCACGCGGACAACUCUGUUGUCCAGGCUUUUCUGACAAAACCGAAGCUCACUCCUCGACAGGCUCGCUGGUGGCGCGACCUAUCCGAGUUUAGUUUCACCACUGAGCACAUCAAGGGUGAGACUAAUCGGGUCGCAGAUGCCUUAUCCCGGCGCCCUCACCACGAUCAGGAGCAGAUCCAGCUUUCUUCCAUCUCGGUCACCACUGUCCACCACUCGGUGAUCGACGAGUUUCGCACUCAGUACCGCCACUACCCCGACUAUCGCGACAUCAACGCGACCCUUCGGAGUGGCAAGACUGUCCCGAACUACUCUCUCGGGGACAACGGUCUCGUGUACUGGCACGGUUCACAGGGCACCAGAGAGCCCCGUAUUUGCGUUCCCUCCACUGGACAGCUACGUGUCCGAGCAGUAGCAGAGUUCCAUGACCAGGCAGCCGCCGGUCAUAUGGGCAUCCGCAAGACGUUGGCUCGUGUGAGCCGCCUGUACGUCUGGCCGAAGCGCAAGGACUUUGUGAAGGACUACGUCGCAGAGUGUCCCACCUGUCAGGAGGUGAACAGUGCGAACCACCUGCCUUAUGGUUUGCUCCAGCCUCUUCCUAUCCUUGAGGGUCGUUGGCAGUCCAUCUCGAUGGACUUUAUCGGUUCUCUUCGUCCUCCGACCCCCCGCGGUCAUGAUCCUAUCCUGGUCGUCGUCGACCGUUUCAUGAAGCGUGCACGCUUUGUUCCGUGCCGCUAUGCCAUCAGUGCACGUGAGGUCGCCGACAUCGUGUUUGACCGAGUCGUGCGUGACCACGGCUUACCUCUGAGCAUCAUAUUUGACCUGACCCGCGCUUUACCUGCCGAUUCUGGCGACUGCUCCACGAGGUUUACGACACCCAGGCCACACGGCAGCAGUGCCACAUCAGCAACCAGUCCCGGCAGCAGCAGGACACGUCAGUGCAUGGUGCUCACCCGCUCAAAGACAAGCGGCAUGGAGCAGCAGCCAGGCGAGACUACCGAGGCCUAUGAGGCCCGCAUGCUGGACAUGCUAGCAGAGUACAAGCAACGGGCAGCUGCGGCAACAUCCGCACGUAAGAAGGAAGAUGAGGAAGCAAAGGAACAGCGUUGCCUCGCUGAACAGCAGCGACAGGUGGACGCUGAGGCAGCAGCGACGGCCGCAGACGAACGCCGUCGACUACGCCGAGACAAACUCCUCGGAUGCGAGGGGGAUAUCGAGGUGAUCGCCGGCGAAUGGGCAGUGGCUGCUGAAGAGGAGGGUGCCCCCUCUGCUGUGCGUGGCCUUGCAACCACAAUCGAACAUGUGAGCGACUUGGUCGCCAUCUGUGCAGCACAGCAAGAGGACAUCCUCUGCAUGAACACCCUGGUCCGGAAGCAGAUUCGUGUUAUUGAUGAAUUGCUUGACCGGGUACCUCGGCUGGAACAGCAGCUUGCAUCAGCCACCCCCGCCGGACCCUCCAACUUGACGGACCGCGAAAACGUCUUGGAAAUCGACGUCGAGACUCUCAAGGACGGCGCCGUAACGACAAAUCAGCGGAUUGACCAGCAGAUUUGACGGCCUCCCAAUCUUCUGUGAUGCAACGAAGACGGACCCGAUCCCAUGGUGGUUGUAACGAGCGUGAGGCUGAGGGUGAG